AUGCGGAUGAGAACCGGAUACUCGGUUGAGUCUCAGGUUACCGGCAAUGAUACCGUUGGGGGUCUACAGUUCGAGAUCACUCGCCUAUAUCGUUCUCUGAAGGGUAAUGACGGCAGUAGACCCAAGGAGGCGAGAUUCACUAUCAAGUUAGGGGAUGUUAUUGAAUGCCAUAGGGAGUAUGUCGGUGGCGGCGGUGGACGAAUGCCAACUUACCGAGAGCCACAAAUGAACCUUGCAGCUGGGGGUCUCAUCAAGCAAGGAGUUGUUGAGCUGCCCCAACGCUACUACCAAAAGACGAACACCAUCGCAUUCAACGUUCAGAUCCUGAACAGUGCUACCUUUCAGCAAGUAACUGGGAACCCGCCGCCCCCAAGCCCUGUUUCUGCCGAGACCUACGCCAAGAGUGGCUACCCAUUCUUCUCGGGGUUUGAGGAACCAAUCAAUAUUGCGGGAGACUUCGUUGCCGUGCGCUCCAUCAGCCAGCUCAACGGAGAUGCUGACCCACCCCUUCAGUUCCCCCUCGUUGACGCCAAGACUGGGGUUUCCUUGGCCAGCGGCACCGUUGGGUUCCUUAACCCGGACGGUCCCAAGAAAGAGUUCAAGUUUACCUAG